UCUACGGCCUAACGGCAGCAGGCAGCCGCCCAGAUGCUGAAACACCAUCUCGCUACGAAGGGCUUCCCGUGAAGACUGCUGACAGCGGGCCUGGUCAUGAGCAUCCGUCAAGAAGACCGACGUGACAGCUUGGUCAGUCCGGUCAUCAACAGCUUCAUGUCGGCACCAGAGGCAUCGGGCUCCUGCCGGGCGCACGACGGAAGCAGCCAGGAGAGGAGCUCCAUCAGGCUGUCUGGCGACCCGCUGAUCCACAGCUACCGUCUCGCGUCAACCGACAGUCCAGCGGGACCACGUCGCUCCACGUCGAUGAGGGGGAUCGCAUGCAGAACACAGCGCGCGGUUUCCUUCGACGUCGCCGCAGCGCCGGUGGCGAUCUCUGCAACCCCCGCCGCUCCGAUGCGGAACGUCGCUACGUCGAGUGCGACAUGUGUCAGCGUCCGCGGACAACGCAUGGCCGAAUAUUGCGUGUUCAUGAUAUCGGUGUCAAGCGUGACACUAUUUAUCACGCUUUUUCAGCCCCUCGUGCUUUUCCGCUGCCUAGUGCAGUGCAAGGAGCCGCGCUGCUACAACGUAGCCACAGCCGUACACCAAUCCAUCGUACCGUCCGUGGCACCUUGCCAGGACUUCUACAAUUACUCGUGCGGGGACGGCCGCGCCCCCCGUUUCUUCGCUCGAGUCGAGCAAUCGCUGCGUACAGCGGCGAUUCGCUGGGUUUCUGCGGUCCCAGUUCCGAGAUCGGGCCAAAGCGCCGUUCAAAAGGCCGCCAUGCUGCUUCGUGGCUGCCUAAAGCUGACCAUGCAGAAGAACGAAGACAUCGACGCCAUCAGAAACGUGCUGAGCGCGGGUGGACUCACGUUUCCCAAGAUGCCCACCACGUCCAAGUACUCCGCCGUUCGGAGCAUCGUGGAGUUCAACUUGAACGCCGGCAUCGCACCAGUCUUCAGGCUGACCGCCGGCCGCAGCCUUUACUCUGGGAACGGCUACAUGCUGCACGUCACACCCAACUACGACAUCGUCUCCUUUUCAGAAUACCUCCAGCAACAUGGUCCGGGUGAAAAUUUCGACGUGUACGUCAGACGUUGCGCCGAAAUCGUCGGCGAACGUGGCAUGUCUUACGCCGCUCUUAUCAGGGCUGUGAAAAGCGUGAACCAGGCGUUUGCCGAGCUGUCCGUCACUAACCCACUCCACGUCGAACUGGAACUGAGCACGCUGUACCCGCAAGCGGGCUUCUGGCACUCACUGACCACCAUCCUGCAAAAGAAGUUGGAAUUCUUGGACGUUCCGAAGAGGACAUUCUUGAUCCUCGACGAGGGCUACUUCAAAUUUCUGGCUUCAAGAGUUUUCGAUUCCUUUGAAGGGAAAGAGACCGCUGCCUACAUUGGCCUGUACGUGGUGUGGUACCUGAGCCGCGUGGCUUCUUACACACUCGCCUACAGCUCGCCUGUGCCAAACUACACCCACGGACUGAAAGACAUGUGGCUGCGGUGCUACGCAGAUGUCCACACGCUGAUGCCCUUCGCCGUGGAGCGCUUGUACCUGCACGAAGCCGUCAACAAAAAGGACGUGGAAGAGGUGCAAAGCAUAGUCCGGGCCAUCACCCAGGCAACCAAGGACUUCGUGUCAGCUCUCCCCAGAGAAGGCAGGCCGAGCGAGACGAGGUUGAUCGACAAGAUCGGCAGGGUGCGCGUGUUCCCGUACACGUUCGCCUCGUUGCACGAGACCCGCCAGCUGAACCGUUUGUACGUACACGUGCCGGACCAAAAGGACGUCGACUUCACGUACAACUUCCUCCGCCUCUCCCGGAUCACGGCCCAGUACAUGGUGCGCCUGCUGCUCAACUUGCACGCGAACUUCACCGAGCCGUUCGUGCCUCCAUUCGAGUCGGGCGUGCCGUACAUGGCCAGCGUCUACAACAUGGUGCACCUGAGCCCGUCCAUCAUGCUGCCGCCGGCGUACACCUCCACCCAGUCACUCUCGCUGAACUACGCCGGUCUUGGGUACAACGUUGCCGAACAGGCGAGUCGUGCGACAAAUGCCACACACCGCGCGGACUACGAGAGAGUCUUCUUGGAACUCGAGGCCAAUCCUCGUCAAAGCAAACCAGUUGGCCAGCUGUUCCUGCGCAGUCCCAGCAUCUUCAAUGAGACCGGCGGCUACGAGCGAGUUUGGUCCGAUCGUUUCUUCAACUCCCUGCGAAGGAAGUACCAGUGCCUGCGAAACAUGUUUCGGGAAGUUGAAUGGAAUACCACGGAAAUACCUCGAGCCGUCUUGCGGGCAUCUGUAACAGCUGAGAUUGCCUACAAUGCGUUCAUGGAGGCGCGGCGCUCCCCGGCGCACGCAGCUCGCUUCCAGCGGGAAAGGGACCGCUUCGGCCUGCCGCCCGAGCAACUGUUCUUCGUGGGCCUCUGCAUGAACUGGCGUCAACGAACACACGAGCCGCGUGGUCUCGCCGAGCUCGUGUGUCGCUUCUCCAUGCGCUCGGUGCUCGGCUUCAACGAAGUGUUCAGCUGCCCUAACACGACGGCACUCACCGCGCUCGAGAAGUGCUCGAUCUGAGUGCACCAUUCGGCGUUUUCCUGGCAGGAAGAAAAAAAAAUUCAAACGGGGGCAUUCGAAAGAAAAGAAAAUGGCAAGGUCUUGCCACCAGUGAAGUGGGCUCUUGCUGCGGCCGAAAGAUGCAGUUUCUCUCGCGAUGAUGUUGUGCAGCGUUGUCUGGAAGCAAAAGGUAGCUUUAGCUACAAUCAGGGUACCGAAUCCGCUAAAUUGAGCGCGCGUCAUAGAAGAUAAUGCGAUUGGUCGACGGCAGCUAAGUGACGGAAGUCCUCGGUGCUCGCUUCCGCGGCGUCAUACGAGGGGGCCGCCAACCCUCUCGUGUGAGGGCGUUGUCUCGUAGGAGAAUUUCAGAGACAAGCGCCACUGCCGGAUGCUUGCAACUGCAGACCGCACCCGUUCACAUGGCAACGCAGGGCACUGAUGUGAUCAGCAGCGCAUAUAUCUCGGAGGCGACGCAGAGCACGCACCUAGGUUUUUGUCUUUCAAACCACCGUCCGUUACACAUGUGACGACCGGCUGCGAUGUCACUCGGCGACUGUGCCACCAAUGCCGGUCAAAUCUUCGCAUAACUCGUUGCGCCAUCUGUGGUGGCGUGGCUAAAAUUGCGUUAUGGCGCGAAGGUCCAAGUGUCGACGAACGACGCGUACGACUUGAGCGUCACACUUGCAUUUUGCUUUUCGAAAAUCGGAAUUUCUCUGCCCAUGUAGGGUGGCAUACGUAGAUGACGCGGCAGAAUUUUCAACAGCUAAAUUGCAACGUCUUCUACCAGUAGUGGAGAGUGCAAGUGUGCUCACUCAGAUAGAAAUACUUCGGAUUCAUGUAAUUUAAAAGUACGCCAUCAUAACAAACAAGCUCACUGAAAGUUUCUAUUUUGCCUUAGGAUAUAGUUUGUGUACGUCCAAAUCGUAACAUUUUGUCGGUAGAAUUUAGAAAGGCACACAAACGUCCAGAGCAGUCUCAUGCAGUACUCCUCAUCUAGAUCUAUAUGAAUAUUUCAUUAGUCUGAAUGUUCUCUUUAUACCGUGUCUACUGCCUGAUUUCACUUGUUACGGUUUACUCAUGGUAGAUUAACGUUUUGGUCCACACACUUUAGAAAGAAUUGCCACAUUGGCAAUGCGAUGAAGCUGCCCUUGAACCUUACGCCAACUUGACUUGUAGCCCAUAAUAUACAUGCUCCCGCGUGUUCUGGAAUGCGCGAUGCGAAGCCGAAUUCCAUUUCGGAGACGUGCAGACGCGCACCUUCGGUAUGGCAGACGCCGCAUGGUGGCUGCAGAGCAUAGUCUGUAGAACUCCACCACCAGCAUGUUGUCAAGUUACGGCAACCUCACGCAGAUGUGCCCCCCCCCCCCCCCCCUCCCCGCCUUUUGUUUCGCGCGGACGCUCUACU